UAUAGCUGCUGGAGCUACCAGAGCUGCUGGUUUUUUUAGAAGCACCGUCCAUGGACAGAUAGGGAUCGAGAUCGCAUUUCUUUUUUUUUUUUUCUUCAUUUCAGCUCACUUCCAACCGCAGCUGCACCAUGGUGUGCGCCCCGCUUCCCCGCCUGUGGACUAUAUUUUGCCUUCAUUCGUGUUUUUACGCGAUUAUUGGAGUAGCACAGAACACGAGAGAGGUGAUCCUGUUGGACUCAAAGGCGCAGCAGACAGAGCUGGAAUGGAUAGCUUCUCCUCCAAGCGGGUGGGAAGAGAUCAGCGGGCUGGACGAGAACUUCACCCCCAUCCGCACAUACCAGGUCUGCCAGGUCAUGGAGCCCAAUCAGAACAACUGGCUUCGGACUAACUGGAUAGAAAAGGGUGAUGCACAGAGGAUUUUUAUUGAGCUAAAAUUCACCCUGAGGGAUUGCAACAGCCUGCCCGGAGUGGUGGGCACUUGCAAGGAGACGUUCAACCUGUAUUACCAGGAGACGGACGUAGAGGUGGGCAGGAAUAUACGUGAAAGCCAGUAUGUAAAAAUAGACACCAUAGCGGCGGACGAGAGCUUCACGCAGGGCGACCUGGGCGAGAGGAAAAUGAAGCUGAACACGGAGGUGCGCAUCAUCGGGCCCUUGUCUCGCAGGGGCUUUUACUUGGCCUUCCAGGACGUGGGGGCCUGCAUUGCCCUCGUGUCCGUCAAGGUUUACUACAAGAAGUGCUGGUCCAUCAUCGAGAACCUGGCCACGUUCCCGGAUACAGUGACGGGCUCUGAGUUUUCCUCGCUGGUGGAGGUGGAGGGUGUGUGUGUCAGCGACGCCGAGGAGGAGGCCGACAACUCCCCCAAGAUGCACUGCAGCGCUGAGGGCGAGUGGCUGGUGCCCAUCGGGAAAUGUAUCUGCAAGGCUGGGUUUCAUCAGAAAGGCGAUGCGUGUGAACCCUGUGGCCGUGGCUUCUAUAAGUCUUCGUCUCAGGAUCUGCAGUGCUCGCGCUGUCCGGCCCACAGCUAUAAUGACAGGGAGGGCUCCUGGAGAUGUGACUGUGAGGAUGGAUACUACAGAGCGCUGUCUGACCCACCAUCCAUCGCCUGCACCAGGCCCCCUUCAGCUCCUCAGAACCUGGUCUACAACAUUAACCAGACCACCGUCACUCUGGAGUGGAGGCCGCCGGCCGACACCGGGGGCCGAAAUGACGUCACCUACCGGAUUAUCUGCCGCCGCUGCAGUUGGGAGCCGGAGGAGUGCGUCCCGUGCGGUGGAAACGUGGCUUACACGCCGCAGCAGAGCGGCCUCACCGACACCGAAGUCACAAUCAGCGAACUGCUGGCCCACGCCAACUACACCUUCGAAGUGGAGGCCGUCAACGGCGUCUCGGACCUUAGCCGCACACAGAGACUCUUCGCUGCUGUCAGCAUCGCUACCAGCCAGGCCGCUCCAUCUCAGGUCAGUGAGGUGAUAAAGGAGAGGGUGCAGGAGCACAGUGUCCAACUGUCGUGGCAGGAACCAGAGCAGCCCAAUGGAGUCAUCACCGAAUACGAGAUCAAGUACUAUGAGAAGGACCAGAAGGACCGCAUCUACUCCACGGUGAAGUCCAAGUCCACCUCAGCCACCGUCAACAACCUGAAGCCCAGCACGGCGUACGUGUUUCAGAUCCGAGCCUUCACCGCCGCCGGCUACGGCAUGUUCGGCCCCAGGCUGGAGGUCACCACCAGGGAGGAGUCGUCAGGUGCUGCCACAAUAGUGUCCAGCGAGCAGAACCCAGUCAUCAUCAUCGCAGUAGUGGCAGUAGCCGGCACCAUCAUCCUGGUCUUCAUGGUGUUUGGCUUCAUCAUCGGGAGAAGGUACGCUCUCGCGGGCCCGAUUGACUCUCCGCUCCUGCACUGCGGCUACAGCAAGGCUGACCAGGAAGGAGACGAGGAGCUCUACUUUCAGUUUAAAUUUCCAGGCACCAAAACCUACAUCGACCCCGAGACCUACGAGGAUCCCAACAGGGCCGUGCACCAGUUUGCCAAGGAGCUGGACGCGUCCUGCAUCAAGAUCGAGCGGGUUAUCGGCGCAGGCGAGUUCGGAGAGGUGUGCAGCGGCCGGCUGAAGCUUCCCGGGAAAAGGGACGUGCCCGUGGCCAUCAAGACUCUGAAAGUGGGCUACACAGACAAGCAAAGGCGGGACUUCCUGUGCGAGGCCAGCAUCAUGGGACAGUUUGACCAUCCGAAUGUGGUUCAUCUGGAGGGAGUGGUCACCAGAGGAAAACCAGUCAUGAUCGUAAUUGAAUACAUGGAGAACGGCUCGUUAGACGCCUUUCUCAGGAAGCAUGAUGGGCAGUUCACAGUAAUUCAGCUGGUGGGAAUGCUUCGAGGCAUCGCAGCUGGGAUGCGCUACCUCUCGGACAUGGGCUACGUGCACCGCGACUUGGCGGCGCGAAACGUCCUCGUCAACAGCAACCUCGUAUGUAAAGUCUCGGAUUUCGGCCUGUCCAGAGUGAUUGACGACGAUCCAGAGGCUGUCUACACCACAACGGGGAAGAUGCAGGAUGUAAUGAAUUUGAUGUUUCCUCCAGCCACUGACCUGCAUUUUACUGAACAGGGAGGAAAGAUCCCGGUUCGGUGGACAGCCACGGAAGCCAUCCAGUACCGUAAAUUCACAUCGGCAAGUGAUGUGUGGAGUUACGGCAUUGUCAUGUGGGAGGUCAUGUCCUAUGGGGAACGGCCUUACUGGGACAUGUCCAAUCAAGAUGUCAUCAAGGCUAUAGAGGAGGGUUAUCGUCUUCCGGCUCCCAUGGACUGCCCCCCUGGUCUCCACCAGCUCAUGCUGGACUGCUGGCAGAAGGACCGAGCCGACCGGCCCAAAUUUGACCAGAUAGUUGGCAUUUUGGAUAAAAUGAUCCGCAACCCCAACACCCUGAAAACUCCUGUGGGAACUACCACAAGACCCAUUAGCCCGCUGCUGGACCAGAACACGCCAGACUUUACCUCGUUCUGCUCGGUCAGCGAGUGGUUGGAAGCCAUUAAGAUGGAGAGAUACAAAGACAACUUCACUGCAGCUGGAUACAGCUCACUCGAGUCCGUCGCAAGGAUGACUAUCGAGGACGUGAUGAGUUUGGGGAUUUCUUUAGUGGGCCAUCAGAAGAAAGUCAUGAGCAGUAUACAGACUAUGAGAGCUCAGAUGAUUCACCUGCACGGGACAGGCGUCCAGGUGUGACGGACAACUGCGGGAGCCCCCUCUCCUCCCAACCGGGCGUGGGUGGGACGUCUGGAGAAAACCGACGUAAAUAAACUGCACCGGUUACGGGUGCCCUCAGAGGAUAAUCACGAACACUCAACAGAAACAAACUGAGAACAUGAAGCCUCUCUCUCUCUCCCUUGAAGAGUUGACUCUUCUGAAAGUAAUGGAAAUGGACCAUUCCUUUUAUUCUACAGCCGGGCUUUUUCCUUUAUUUGCCGCCUCUUUUGUGAGGAUGCCGGAAGAAGGAAAAAGCAAAGGAAGGAAGGAAAUGAGGGAGGAAAUACUACUACCUGGAUACAUUAAAAGCUCCGAAAGAAAAGCUCGUUAAGUAUCAGUGGAGAGACGGAGCGUUUUCUAGUAGUUUUUCGUUUUUUUCCCUUUUAUCUUUACGGACGGUUGAUUUGCUCUUUGAUGGUAUGGAUAUUUUUUACUAAAAAGGACAGAAGUGCACAAAAGAAGCAAAUCCAGCCGGUACAAAAAAACUAAAAAAAAAAAAAAAAACUGAGUGAGUUUGUUUAUUUUUUUUUUUAAAUGAUUAUUAUUUCUUUACAUUUCUUUUCAUAAUAGCCAUGUUCCAGCAGCUGUGGUUGGCUACAUUAGUUUCCCGCUUCACGUUUGACGGUUUGCCUUUUCGAAUUUCAGUGUGGCAUUGACAACAGGGUAAUUAAAAUGAAAUAAAAUAAAAAAAUAAAAAAUAUAUAAAAAUAGGAAUAAAUAAACAAAAUAACCAAGCAUCCGCUCUGUGGGCAGAGAGAGGCAGAAGCAGUGACUGAAUGUUGACAGAGGCUUGGCUUCUCAGGCCAGUUGCUAUUUGUGUACCGAGACUCUUUCAGCGCCGGAUCUGUCUGCAGCGAGUCGGAGCAGGAGCGCUUCAUUGUUUUUCCGCCGGGUGUGUUUUCAAAACCCUGGCCAACGUGAAGGCGGAUUCACGUUUUCUGAUACACCUCAACGUGUUGUUUUGUGUGAGACGUGAAAGGAUUACAAAGACAGUUGAAAACAACUGAGAACCACUCCAGAUGGACUCUUUCUUUUUUCUUUUUCUUUUUUACGCAAAGAGAACGAGAGAACAAGCGCUAUAGGUCCUUUCUUAUUUCUUUACCUGAUGUGAAAGGUUCUUAUCUGCAAUAUUUUUCCAUUUCCUUGCUCUUUUUGUCUCUUUCUAAUGUUAUUAUUUUAUGAGGUGUCUCCGUAUAGAUAGCACUAUUGAAGACUGUGUUUAAUAUAAAGGCGGUUCGAUCUAAAGCUAAUUAAUUGUUUUUUUGAUUUUUUUUUGCAGAUAUAUUGCAGAAUAGUUCAUAUUUGAGUUACUGCAGUCCCAGGCAGUCGCUUCUAGGUCCCAUAGUGUUAUUUCAGUUCAGGAGUGAUAAUACUUUACGCUUGUAGAGGCAGAUAUACACUCUGAGGAACGGCUUUUGAUGUUUAUGGGAUCAUUUUUUUUGCAGAUCAGUCUGUGCAGUCUCCCGCAGCGUAAGCAGGACUAGGUAGUUGGAGCUGAAGACGUAGACGAGAAGAGUUCCAUUAGCGCCUGGGAGAGGCUGAUCAAUCAGAGCAAUAAUAUUUGAGAUGGAACUUUCUUUGUGACGUUAAGGUGCUAUUGUAGAUUUUUAUCAUUUCGGCACGUCGCGGUUAACGACAGUACGUCGAUGAUCUUUAGAAAGGGAAAAGGUUUCCCAGUGUGUGGGUUUCCUCUUUUCCCCAAAGGCAGUGGGGAAACGAAAAAAAAAGUAAAAAACAAAAAAAAAACACACACAAACUCAGAAGAAUGUGUUUUCCCGUCCUCGUCAAUGUCGCUGUUCGCUGUUCUGCUGUUCUGCUCUUCUUCCUCAAGCCGGGCGCUCCAAGGAGGGAAUCCGCUCUUUUAGACGUGGUUAAAGCCAAUUUCUCGGUGCCAUGAAUCUCUAUGGUCUGGGUUUGACUCGUCCCCAGUAUUGUGUACGUCUUUAAAUCAACAGAUCAACCAUUUCCCCUUUUUUGCUUAGAGAGAGAGAAAGAGAGAGGGGGAAAAAACAACACUGGUAUUUCUAGUGGAUCGUGUGGUUACUUUAAAAUUACAGAGGAAGAAUAAUCACUGGUUUAUGCAGCACUGGAGAGGAAAUGCAACACACACUAAACUUGAAAAAAUGUUCAGGAUUGCUUUUUUUUUUUUUUUAUAUAUUAGCCGGGGGUUGGCAUCACCCUGUUUGAGCCCUUAAACUACAAUCCCUUAUGGUGGCAAAUCUAUUCAUGCUCCACAAAUGAGCAAAUGUGUUCUUUCAAAGAAGCAGUGUUGGGUGAUAUAUAUAUAUCGUCUAUAGCGGAAGGCAUGAUAUAUUGGCAUUCAGUUAUGGCAAUAUACAGUAUAUAUAUAAAAACAGUCCAGUCAGAUUAUUAUGGUCACCUCCUUGUUUCUCUAUUCUUUGUCCAUUUGAUCAGCUCCACUGAACAUGGAAGACAUUUUGUUGUUCUGCAAAGUCUCCUCCUUUCACUCUGUUCCUUUUAUGGUCAGAAACCAACAGGAUUUAAGGAUUCAAGGAGACUUUAUUGUCAUUCACAUCACAUGUGGUACAUGAGGUGGAAGGAAAUUGUAUGCUCACGAUCCUACCUGAGCUCGUACACAAUCUGUCCAAGCCCAAUCUGCCUCGCCCCAACUGUCAUUAUGAGCCUAAACUUGAUUUAAAUCCAACAUUUUUAGUAAGUGGAAUGCUAAUACUGACCUUUUUAACUACAAUUCUGAGUCGUUCCUAAUUCCCCAAAUUUUUCAUCAUUUUGUCUGCUGGCUGCAUCCACACCCACUCGUAGUUAGAAGAAUUCUGUGUGCGGUGUGGCAAAUGACAGAUGUGCAGAACUUUUCAUUUUAGUUACAUAGAAAGCUGUGGUUGUGCACAAGUGGUGGAGUUUUUUUUUGUGGUUUGUUACUUUGUAUAUUGAGAUUAUCACUCCAUAGCUCCAUAUAAAAUAAUACCAUUACAUAGUCCUACAUUACAGAUCAUUUUAUUUGAGCCCAACCCAACAAAGCCCGAGAAAAGUAUUAGGAAAUCUCAACCCGAGUUUGGGUUGGGCAUUGGGUCAGACUCAGCAGACAAUGUAAUCUCUAAUCUCUCUAUUCUCAGCACUGUAGUGAUACUGGAAUAAUGGUGGUGUGUCACUAUGUGUUGUGCUGGUGGUUACAUGUGGUUCUCAUAUUUAAAACUCUGAAACUGUAAAAAAUGGACAGUGGGUGUUUAAACAAGAGAGUGGUUCUAAUAUUCUGACUGGUCUGUGGCUUAUCUAAAGCACUCAUUGCUAGACUGGGCGCAUUUUACAGAAUGUAGGCAAAAUCUUACAAAACCUGAUUGCUUAGGUGGGAGAUUCCAUUCACUGGAAUACACUUGCUCCCCAAAAAAAGUCAGAUUCAUCAUAGCAAUGGCAUGUCAUAAUUUGAAAUGAAUAACAUGUUUUCUGAAACACAGAUGAGUUGUGUACUCCCAGAUCAAUAGAUUGAAUACAGAGAGAGCAUGUCAGUAUUGAUAGAUUUUGGUAUCUGGCUGAUAUCAGCAGAAAAAGGCUUAAUUCUAUAAAAAAAAUAGAAUAUGAUCUUAUUCUAUAUCGAAUUGAGCCUAAAAGAGCACAACUCCUCACAUAUGGGAUGUGAUGUUGUUAGUUGUUAUGAAAAGUGCUUCAAUUACAAAUUACAGAAAUGUACAGGAACUGCAAGUUUAUAAAUAAGAAAUAGGAAAUGUCAGAUAGACAGAUCAGUAAUUGUUAGCAUUUUAGAUUUCAUCCAGAUCCAGAAUUGAAAAGAAGGUACUGUUUCAUGUCUAGUUGGAAAAAAAAAAAUCCAAUCUCAUCACUGCAAAACUACAGAAGUUUACAUUUGUGGGCGGAGCAUGGAUAGGUCAGUCACACUUAUUCAACUCAAAUGUAUUUAUAUAGCGCUUUUUACAACAAAUGUCUCUAACUUGCAUAGACAUUUGGUAAGAUGAUUUAUGAUUCUUAAUAAAUUAUAAGUCUAGAUUUUCAGGGGAUGAACUUUAAAUGAAUUAAAUAAAUAAAAAAAACUCUUGCACCAACAACUGAAUUGACUUAAUGGAAGUCAUGAGGGCAAAAUCUACCUUUUGUGUGGCAUCACUUUUAAAAUGCCAUUAUCUAAUCUUGUAAAAACUCUGACCCCAGUAUAUGUAUGUGUGUGUGUGUGUGUGUAUGCAUGAGUGUUUGUUUGCACUGCACUCUUGGAUCAGAUGAUACCCCCAGUUAGAGGCCUAUCUCCGAUCUCUCCAUUGCGCUAGCCUCAGCACUGGGUCUGCGCCAGCCCUUUGAAUUGAAUGUGAGCAGAAAGACUCGUAGGUCAGCACAAAACUGUACAAAAAAAAAAAAAAAAAGAAAGUCAGCAGCAGCAGCAGCCUGUCACGCUCAACGCGCUCCGAUCUCUCUCAGCGGGGCCCCCUCCGGGCCCUCGUCGGCUCUUACCUUGUCCUAUGGAUCCCGGGGCCCCUGUAGAGACAGCCGUUUUAAGCCAAUUUGAGAUUAAUGCCUGGGUUCAAUCGAUCUUCAAUUGAGGCCACUGCAAAGGUUCAAUGACAGAUGUGUCAUAGUGUCUUUUCUUUCCCUCCUUUUUUAUUCCGAAGACGUUUUCGGCUUGGAGGAAGGACAAAAAAAAAAAAAAAAUGGCCCGUAUUGUGAACUCGCUUGAAUCCAGGCCGGUGUGAUGUUUUAAAGACUUGACGUAAUGAGAAAGAUGAAGUAACAUGGAUGCCCCCCUUUGAGAAAACUAAACACGGAAAAGAAAUCUGGACGAUUCCAAAGACGUCAGCACUGUUGAUUGUGUCCGAGAGAUCAUAAACGGUUCGAGGGAAACUUUGUAUAUGAUCUAAUUGUAAAACUUGUACAUUUUAUUUAUAUUGUUGUUUCUUUUUUUACACAUAUUUCCUCUGUAGUGAGCUCUGAAUUCAUUGAAAAUGCACUAUAUUUUUCUAUCUCACUCGCAAAAACGCUUAGUCACCCGGACUAUUUCAGUUGUACAUAAUUUCUCAUUUAGGACCAAAGACGGCUGAUAGGCUUCCAUUUUAGAGUUUUUUUGUUUGUUUCGUUUGUUUUGUUUUUAGUUUUAUUAUUUUUGCGUCUUAGGUUUAAAUGUACAGUAAAAUAAAUGGUCGAUUUAUUAUUUAUUUUUCUGUGACGAUAGUAUGGAGAGUAUUCAUUGGUCAAAAAGUAUUUUCCCCAGCUGCAGAACUGUAAAAUCAUUGACUAGACCUAUUUCUUUCUUUUUUUUUUUUUUUUUGCUUUAUUUGCUUUGUAAUCUUUUGACCUUUGUAAUAGACUGUACAUAUAUUUUUGGAAAUAUAAUACAAUCUCUAUAGAAAUGUG